GAGAAAUAAACAGAAUCAUAAAUGAAUUAAAAACUCUAAAAGAUAAAAACAAAAUCCUUACUGACGAAAACCAAAAUCUGCAAAAUAUCGACGAAAAAUGUAAAAAACUCGCUGAAGAAAAUGAAAAACUUUUUUUAAUAAAUAAAGAACUGACGGAAAAAAAUGAUGAGCUUGUUCUCAAAACAUUUGAAAAUAAUAAUUUAUUCAUUUACGAAGAAUUAAAUAAAGGACUAACAGAAACAUUACAAAAUAUAAAUAAAAAAAUCAACAAUAGUUUAAGUUUAUUAAAAAUUAACUUUUUGGAUUCCGACGAAAAUAAAAUAGAUAAAAUCAUUUUGGCCAAAAACAAAAGACUAGAAAACGAAAAUAAUCAAAUACUAGAAAACAAUCAAUAUGAAAAAUUAUUAAAAAAAAACCAAAAACUACAAAAAGAAAACGAGGUUGCUGUUUAUCAAAACCAAAGAUUGACCGAAAAAUUAGAACAAGUAAGAAAAGAAAUCGACGAAAAAGUAACUGAAUAUAAUAAAAAAAAUAAAAUUUUUAAUAUAUUGAACGAAAAAAUAGAUAUUAUAUUAGAUAAUUUUAGUUUUGAAAUAAUAUUUCCGUUAAAUGAUACUAUAGAAAAAAUGGAAAAAAUCGUUGAAUUAUGUGAAUUGAAUAGAAUUCAAAAAAUAAUAAACGAUCUAAAAAAAGAAAAAACACUUUUAGAAAAUACUAUCUCCGUUUGCAAAAAUAAAAUAAAAGACUACGAACAAAAUAAAACAAUUAACCAAGACUUGAAAAAUUUAGAAUACGAAUAUAAUUCUGUCGAAAGGUCUUUAAAAAAUAUACUGGAACAAAUUGAAAAAGAAAGAAAAUCAAUAUCGAAAUACAAAAAACAGUUGAAAUAUUAG